AUGGUGGCAGCCAAAGUGAGGACGAUGCUGGCCACAACAAGCCUGGUCGCAGGUGUGGCGGCCGGCGUUGUCUCCCGGGCGGCCGGCGCUCCCUACAUCGACUACGAGAACCUGCCGGGCGAGACCAUCUUCCCGGGACCCUGGGAGCAGUACAUCUGUGCGCCCGUCGACAAGUCGCACAUCACGCCCGCCAAGAUCUGGAAGGCGAACGGCGACGUGAAGACGUCGCCGGGCCUCAUCGUCAUCGGUCAGGGCGCCGAGCUGACGGUCGAAUUUGCGGAGAACAUUGGUGGAUGGGUCUGCUUCACUGUCAGCUCGGUCCAGGGCGGCGGCCUCGCCGCCAACCUGGGCUACUCCGAGUCGCCCUUCUUCGCCGGGCCGACCCCGGACGCCACCGGCGACAACCCGCGGGACCUGGCCCUGCCGUUCAACUUUGACAACUCCACCGGCACCAAGUGCGUCGGCAAGGACUUCCUCCGCGGGUCCUUCAAGUACCUCACCAUCCAGACCAACGCCGCCGCCGAGGACGCCGCCGCGACCGCACCAGCCGCACAGGUGGCCAUCUCGGACCUCUGGGUCAACUGCAGCGCCUUCCCCUCGCAGCCCAACGGCCGCGCCUACACGGGCUACUUCCACUCGUCCUCGCCGCUGCUCAACCGCAUCUGGUACGCCGGCGCCUGGACCCUGCAGCUCUCGACCAUCGUGCCCGAGGAAGGGUCCGCGCUCGUCGACUUCAACCGCCAGAUCCUGGGCCUGAGCCCCGCGGCCCCGGGGACGUGGUACUCCAACUACACCGUCUCGGGCGGGCGGUCCGUCACCACCGACGGCGCCAAGCGCGACCGCCUCGUCUGGCCGGGCGACAUGUCCAUCGCCGUCCCCGGCAUCGCCGUCUCCACCUACGACAUGGCCUCGGUGCGCAACGCCCUCGACGUGCUCUACGACCACCAGUACGCCGACGGCAGCAUGCCCUACGCCGGCCCGCCCCUGGGCUUCCGCGGCGAGUUCAGCGACACGUACCACCUGCACACGCUGCUCGGCACCUACAACUACGUCCUCUACUCGGGCGACGCCGGCUGGCUGCGCCGCGACGCCGGCCGCCGCUGGGCGCAGUACCUGCGCGCCCUGGCCGUCAGCAUGGCCAAGGUCGACGGCCGCGACCUGCUGCAGGUCACGAGCCGCGACGACUGGAUCCGGCCCGGGGUCAGCGGCCACUUUGGCGAGGCCAGCGCCCUGCUGCACGCCGUGCUCACCCGCACCCUGCGCCUGGCGGCCUGGGCCGGCGAGGCCGAGCCCGACGGCCAGCCCUGGCAGGCGAUGCGCGCGCGCCUCGAGCGCGGGCUGCUGAGCCUCUACUGCGCCGACACGGGCCUCUUUUCCGACAACGCCGAGGACCGGUCCUGCAACGGGACCGACCGCGUCGAGCCCCAGGACGGCAACAGCUGGGCCCUCAUCGCGCGGCUGGCCGCCCUGCAGGCCACUAACCCCUCGGUGCCGCGCAACGUCUCGGACAACCUGCGCAAGCGGUGGAUCAAGUUCGGCGCGCCCGCCGUCGAGUUCCCCAACGUCAUCAGCCCCUUCGCCUCCGGCUUCGAGCUCAUGGCCCACGCGGCGGCCGGCAACGUCGCGCACGCCGUCGAGCUCUGCCUCCUCGAGUGGGGGUACCUCCUCGACGGUCCGGGCUUCACCAACAGCACGCUGGCCGAGGGCUUCCGGACCGACGGGUACGUGCAGUACCCGGCGUACCCGUCGGCCGCCCGCAACAGCCACGCGCACGGCUGGGCCGCGGGCCCCACGGCCGUGCUGGUGGCCGGCGUCCUGGGCAUCGAGCUCGCGGCGCCCGCGGGCGCAGAGUGGUCCAUCCGCCCGGAGCUGACGCCCUGGCUGAGCUUCGCGCGCGGCGGGUUCGCGACGGCGCUCGGCCGCUUCGAGGUCGCGCUCCGGAGGGUGACGGCGGCGCCGCAGCCCGCCGACGGCCAGCAGCAGCGCAAGGGCGUGGUGGUCGAGAUCGCGGUGCCCGAGGGCACGAGGGGCGUGGUGCAGCUCGGACCCGGCGGGCAGGAGGUGCAGGUCGGGCCGCAGGGGGGUGGGCCGCGGCGGUGGGUCGUCUGGGAGGGCGGCGCGCAGGCUGAGGGCGUGCAGGCCGGUUCUUCCAGCGCCCUGGGGGGACAGGGCGGCGGCGGCGGGGACGACAACAGCGAGAGGUGGUACGCGCGGGUGGAGCAGUCCGACAGCGGCGAGACGCUCAGCUUCGACGAGUCGUGGGCCGUGCCGGCGAUGCAGGACCGGCCUGCUGGUGUGGUGGACUGGGACGCUCUGGAGAAGAACUAUAUCCAGAAGCCGUGGGCGGGAGGAGCUCAGUGA